GCCCAUAGAAACCACGGCCGGCCCAGGACAAGUUCUCCGUGUGGUGGAAGGGCAAAAUGGAGCAGAACUGCAAAGAAGAAGAGAAUGAAAAGUUGCACACUUGUCGUCGUCAGCUGAAGGAAAAUCCUGGUAACCUUAUUACAGCAACCAGCGAUGAUAACCUAAGGGACCUUUUUCACCAAAUCAGGACUUCCAAAACUCCUGUCAGUGUAGAUUCUACUCCCUCAACUUUCUUUUUUAUUCCUACAUAUACGCCACGAUUUGACAUGGCUUUAGAUGUGCUGAAUCCCAAUAUCAAACUGUUGUUGCAGGCAGUUAUCAACUAUGGCGCAUCUUGGUGUCGUGUUUGCAGCCAGAUACUUCCGGUAUUCUGUGACUUGAGUAACAGCUUCCCUAAACUCUCGUUUGUAUAUGCUGAUAUUGAUGAUUGUCCAGAGACAACCCAGCAUGUCCGCUACACACCAACUUUUCAUUUCUACCAAGAUGGGGAGAGGGUUGAUGAGAUGAUUGGUGCCGGCGAAGAGAGACUGCAUGACAGGCUCUGGUUGCACUCUUAGAAACAUAGGCUUGGUUUGAUUUGGUUGCACAGCACUCUUGGAUGGAAAUUCUCUACAUGUUUUAAUCUAUUGCUGUUAUCACACAUACAAAUGUAUCCCCAUCCCGUGAAUGUUUAUGCUCCAAAGAAAUUAAUUAAUUAAAAAGAGUUUUAUUGCAAGGGUUACGUUACUUUGGCUAGGUAAUAAUUGCGGGUAGGGGAAUGCAAGCUUACCUUGUCACUGAAUUGUUGGAAACAAAUUUGGAAUGAUUCAAAGUAUGACCAAAGUACACAUUACCUUGCUUCAGUUGCUUGUCUACUGUAUCUCAGCUUACUAGAGUAAUCUGAACAUCCGUACCAAAUAAGAUAAUCUUACUGAGACUAUUUGAAGCCAUCGCUCCCUUGGAUGUUACACUGAGAUUAGCUAGCUAUAGAACAAUCUCAAGCG